ACAUAGAGUUAAUUGCAUUUGGAGCUGUUCCUUUCAUCGUGAAUUUACUCUUAAUUUAUUUUCGAAGUGCCGCCGUGAUAGGAUCAUACUUCUCGUGAUGUUAAUCGUGAGAAACACUUGUAAAGUAGAAGCCUAGCCUUGGCCUAGCCUUGGCCUAGCCUUGGCCUAGCCUUGGCCUAGCCUAGGCCUCUGCUGCCCUGGCCUUUUGUCAUCACCUUAAUGACCCUAGAGGAGAGCAAGAGAUGAACUAUCACGUCCUGGCAGUUGUAAUGUUUACCAUGUUCAUUUUACUAGAAGUUUCAUGUUUUACAUUUCUGUUUUUAGCCAUGGCGAAGUUUGUUGAGAAGGGACUAACCGGUGACCGCUCCCAGAAAGUGUUUAUUUGUGCGGGGGAUUUGCUGGAAUUAAGAGAAGAGAUGAAAAGGAAACUGAAGCUUCCAGAAGGAGAUUAUACUGUGAGUACUGCUGUACUGUUUUCUUACAAAUAGGUUAGGUUGAAUAUUUAUUAUUAUGAGACUGCCCUUAUUCAUUUUCUUACUUAAACCCUAACAUCAUUUCAAAAAUUCUUGUAGGUCUAUCAAGCAAACGAUGGCACCAUGAUUGAUGAUGAUGGUAUAUUUCAACUGCUGGCUCAGGAAGCUAAAGAAGCCAAGGUCCAUCUAGAAGUCAUGCUGCUCACGGACAGUGCUGAUUGGACAGAUGUUUCUCUGCGGAGCCCACACUCUCCCAAUGUCUCUACACCUCAGGGAUCUGAGCCAAAUAGAGAUCGUACUGAUAGUUUGGAAGAGAGUCUUACCUCUUCUUCUGAAAGCCAGACUUCAACACCGGUUGCCAGGCGUAGGCUCGCAUUCCCUAUCACAGAUGUGUGUGAAUUCUUGGACGAAGCUCUUGAGCGGUUGAAUUCAAAUGACCCCCCAAAGAAUAUGUUUGCCAUUAAGAAGAGAGCUGUUCGUGAGGCCUGCCAUGCAGUGGGUAGGCACAUGUUAAAGAAACUUAAAGACUACAGGAAGGUGACAGCAAGAGCUUUGGCGCAACAAAUUAUUGAUUAUGAUGGAGGCGAGGCACAUACUCUAAACUUUUUCAAGUUGUUAUCGGGAGUGCUGUAUCUGACCCUGGCUAUAAAUCUUUUACCCAGUGUAUUUAUGGUUAUGUAAACCACAAUAAGGGGCCAGAAAACAAGACUAGAAGGGGCUCACGCUCUUCUUCAAGAAGUGAAGAAGAAGAAGAUGGAGAUUUUGGUCUUCUGCCUCCAUCCCCAUCCAAACAAGACCUAUACGGCUGUGUGGCUUAUGAGGUGCCACUACCUUUUGGAGAGACGACAUCAUCGCAAGAGGAGAAAAGACUUCAGGCUGUUGAGUUGGAAAACCCAGAAGAUGUAGAAGCCAAUACGUUGAUGGCUGCAACCUAUGCCACUCAGCGUCUUGAAAUAAACCGCGGUAAGCCCCUCAAGAUCCAUCUCCCAACCGUUAUCAGAAGCUGGCCACUAUUUGCUUAGAAAGACGCAUUUUAUCAGACAUGCUCAAACUUUGCUUGGUGAAGAUGUUGAGGCUGUGUUCAACAACAAU